GUCAGUGGUCGUGGGCGGGGCCUGUUGUUGAUGGGGCGUGACCUGAGCAUGUGUCAUGUCUGCUGUGUUUCUUUCUUCUGCUGUUGUUCACCCGUGCCACGUUGAUUUGUCGUGUCGUGUCGUGUCAGACUGCAGGAUUAUCCGGCUGCAGAAUCGGAUCGGAGCGAAGUGGCAGCUUUCAUGCGCAGCAGCAUCGUCUGGUGUGACGCGUCGGGGCCGCCGGCUCGCUUGCAUUGUGUGUUGAUGACCCCUGCUGUUUAGCUGCCUGCUCACCCCCACCCCUCUUUCUUCUCCAUCCCAGCUCCUGGAUCAGCCAUGUUUGGCACAGAAUCGUCAUUAAGCAUGUUCCUCAACACUCUGACCCCCAAGUUUUACGUGGCAUUGACGGGCACAUCAUCCCUCAUUUCAGGACUCAUACUGAUUUUUGAGUGGUGGUAUUUCAGGAAGUAUGGCACAUCAUUCAUUGAGCAGGUGUCUGUAAGUCACCUGCGCCCUCUGUUAGGUGGAGUAGAUAACAGCUCUCCAAACCCGUCCAACAGCACUAAUGGAGACACAGACUCCAGCCGGCAGAGCGUCUCAGAGUGUAAGGUUUGGAGAAAUCCAAUCAAUCUGUUCAGAGGAGCUGAAUAUAACCGGUACACGUGGGUGACGGGACGAGAGCCGCUCACAUACUACGACAUGAAUCUGUCAGCACAAGAUCAUCAGACGUUCUUCACCUGUGAUUCCGAUCACCUUCGACCUGCAGACGCCAUAAUGCAGAAGGCCUGGAGAGAGAGAAAUCCUCAAGCACGCAUCACAGCGGCUCAUGAAGCUCUGGAUCUGGAGGAUUGUGCAACAGCUUAUAUUCUUCUUGCUGAGGAGGAAGCCACAACAAUAGUGGAGGCAGAGAAACUCUUUAAACAAGCGCUGAAGAUCGGAGAGAACUGCUACAGACGCACACAACAACUCCAACACCACGGCUCACAAUAUGAAACACAACACAGACGUGACACAAAUGUGUUAGUUUACAUCAAGAGAAGACUCGCAAUGUGCUCCAGAAAACUGGGACGCACACGAGAAGCAGUGAAGAUGAUGCGGGAUUUAAUGAAGGAGUUUCCUCUGCUCAGCAUGUUUAAUAUUCACGAGAACCUAUUGGAGUCUCUUCUAGAGCUGCAGAACUACGCUGAUGUACAGGCUGUGCUUGCCAAAUAUGACGACAUCAGUUUGCCAAAGUCUGCAACCAUCUGCUACACAGCGGCUCUUCUAAAAGCCAGAGCAGUAUCUGACAAAUUUUCACCAGAAGCAGCGUCCAGACGAGGUUUGAGUACAGCAGAAAUGAACGCAGUAGAAGCCAUACACAGAGCGGUGGAGUUCAAUCCACAUGUACCUAAAUACCUCUUAGAGAUGAAGAGUUUGAUACUUCCACCGGAGCACAUACUGAAGCGAGGUGACAGUGAGGCUAUAGCAUAUGCUUUCUUCCACCUGCAGCACUGGAAGAGAGUGGAGGGAGCACUGAACCUCCUCCACUGCACCUGGGAGGGAACUUUCAGAAUGAUUCCAUAUCCCCUGGAGAAAGGUCAUCUGUUUUAUCCAUAUCCAGUGUGCACAGAGACGGCGGACAGAGAACUGCUACCAACAGUGUUCCAUGAGGUGUCAGUGUAUCCCAAGAAAGAGUUGCCGUUCUUCAUUCUGUUUACGGCCGGUCUCUGCUCCUUCACAGCGAUGUUGGCGCUCCUUACACAUCAGUUCCCAGAGCUCAUGGGGGUUUUUGCUAAAGCGUUCCUCAGCACCCUGUUUGCACCUCUGAACUUCAUCAUGGAGAAGGUUGAAAGUCUUUUGCCCUCCAGUCUGUGGCACCAGCUCACACGGAUCUGAUCUGAUCUGAUGUCAUGGACAUGAAUCGAGGAUAUUCUGACUGAGGAACCAAGAUCUUCAGAAGUGUCCAUAGCCAGCAAACCAGACAAACACUAUGAACCCAGAAGUGAUGGGAACUCAUGCCCCCAUCUAAUGUACAACGUUUUUGUUUCCAGAUUUUAAAGGCCUUCAGUGUGUGUGUGUGUGUGUGUGUGUGUGUGUGUGUAUAUAUAUAUAUAUAUAUUUAUAUAUAUAUAUAUAUAUAUAUAUAUAUAAUAAAAAAAAAUCUGUACUGCUGCAAAAAUCUUGUCAGACACUCAGAUCCUUUCUGCUUUGUUGAUCUUUUUUCUUGAUUCAAAGGAUUUUAAAGAACUAGGGUUGUAAUUAUAUCAAAUCUCACUGUAUGAUAAUAUCUCGGUAUAAAGUCCACUGUACAAUAUUUAUUUCAAUAUUUAAAAUGACAAAUGAUGAGUUGGAAACAUUCCGUUAGCAUCAUCUUUUCUUGAUCCUCUACUCAUAAGGGUUGCUUAGGGGUGUGAGGUAUAGUGUGAGAUGAGUCAAAUGACCUAAAAUACCUUUUAUAAACUAAAAUAAUUGCAUCAGAUGGACCUCGAGAAAGAUAACAUCUAUUAUUUUGUCUAACAUUCUCUAUGUUGGGCCAGUAAAACCUAUCGUUGCAUACAGUCAUGUGACCACCAAAAUAUUGAGACAAUUUUGCUAUAAUGUUGUUACAUCUCUAAAAAGAACACAUCCUACAAUGUUACGAACUGUAACUAAAUCCUGAGAGCUCUUGAGUCAUGGCUUUAUCCAGAAAGGACACAAAAACACUUUUAUUUGCUUAAAGGAGCGACUGGGGCUAGUCGUCACACAGGGUGAUUUCUCUAGCAAUGGUCCGGUGUAAAGCGUUUAAACACCAAGAUGAUAGCUCUGGUAGUAUGGCUGUGGAAUAUUGCAGUAUUAUCUUCUUGAAUUAGUUGUUGGACAAACAGGUUCACACAGUGCCAGCAAACUGUUCUGUAAUGGUGGUUGGUAAUGAUGGUAAUAUGUUUAUAUAUGUUGACACGGGAGUUUUAUAUGAAGUAAUUCAUAGAUUGUAUUUUUGCUGUUUUAUUCAUCUUAUGAGGUCAUUUAUUUCAUGGUUGCUGCAAAGACGCAACAGCCAAUAAUACACUUCACAUUUGUUCAAAUGCAAAAGAGUUGUAUAUACUACAUUAUGCAAUGUUCACUCAAAGCAAAACGUGUGACAACCAGCCCCUGUCUCCUCCAGCAAAAAUAUACAUGCAAAUAUCCAUUAUAUCUCUUCCAGUGCUAAAGACAUGAAUGUUGUCAGAAAUUUGAUUCAUCAGAGGUUUUGUGAGGGUAAUUUUUCCCAACACAAAGUCCUUGAGAAACACAGGUCUGUUCCACAUUUCAAACAGACAUCCUGCUCAUUUACUUUUAUGGUGCAUUGAUUUGUUAAGCAGACACUAGUUUCCAAAGCAGGCAACAGUGCUAUGUAAGAGAGAAACAAUAUUUGUAGUAUUCAAUGACGUGUUUAAAAUGCAAACAAGAUUAGGACACAAACUGGAAAAUGGAGAAUAAGAGAGGUUUUUAUAAAUGAGGUGUACAUUUACAUUUAUACAUUUAGCAGACACUUUUAUCCUAAGCGACUUACCAAUGGGGUAAACAAUGGAAGCAAUUGGAAUAGCAUAAGGACAACUAAAAGAAUAAGUGCAGUCAAAAAGACUGGUCUGCUAUAGCCUACCACAGUAUACAGGGCUAAGUUAGGUUUUUUUCUUUUCUGAAUAGUAGAAAAGAAAUAGAGGUCAGAACUGAUCAGUCAGGUGUUGAAGGAAGAGAUGUGUUUUCAGACGAUUCUUAAAGAUGGCUAUAGAAUCUGCUGAUCUUGAAGCAGCAGGCAGGUGUAGGAAGUCUGUUUACGGUUGUGGAUUAGUCCAACGCUUGCAGGUCAUCGCAAAGUUGUUUCUGGACAAGUGUGCUGGAUGUUUCUUCCACAAAGAAAAAGAGAAGGUGAAAGUGUGGGAAGAGACUUUGUGGCAUGCUGGAUACCGCUGGUUCGCCGGACAUAGGUGACAGAAGGAACACAUUUUCAGGAGUGCAUGACGGUAAUAUGCAGAAGGCUGAGAGUCAGACCAGACAGGAGAGGGGAUGUGAUGUAAGCAUUGAAGAAGUGCACUCCUUUAAGAUCUAGACACGUGAGCUCAGACAUGGAGGGGCUUGAAGAAGCAUUCAGUCGGUUAGAGAAAACACUGGUGACGAGUGGAGCCAUGUGCCUUUAUGAUUGAGCCGCGGGAAGAUUCUAGGAAGGGUUGGGUUGACAAGAGGAUGAGCAUCUAGCGGUAGAUGUAUGUGUGUGUGUGGUUCAAUCAUAAACACAGUUAGGCAUUUAACUGGGUAAAUAGUUGGUGACCAAAUGUGUAACAAAUAGUUAUUUGAUUCAGAUUCGCUUAGUAGAGCUAACAUUGGGGGAUGUAAGUCUAGCAGGCCGGGACAGUCUUCCCCAAUAGGACAUAUCCAACGCUUUAUACGUGACGGGAGUAGCAGUAAAGUAUAUGGAUAGAGGAAAGGAGGUCCGAGGCUUCACUGGGUUUGUCAGGUAGGCCUCCUCUGUGUUUUGGUGAUGUAUGACUAUAAAAUACAUAUUGGUUUCAUUAUAAAUAAGCUCUUCACCUUAUUACAAACACACAACAUUCUGCCACUCAUCGCUUAUCAUUUUCUGUUCUUAAUUUGCACUUUCCUUUCCAACUUUACUGUCCUUAAGAAUUCUAGUACCAUUUAGUAGUUGUUAGUUUUUCUUGUGUCUUUUGUUAAUAAACUCUAUUUUCAUAAA